AUGCUGAGUGGAGAUGCUUACGUCUUCACCGCAGUCAGCCAUGCAGGGACGCUCCUGGCGUCCGUCCACACCCUUCGGGAACGGAACGGACUGUGUGACAUCUUCCUGCGUGCGGAGGACAGCCAGAUCCAAGCGCACAAGGUGAUCCUAGCCGCAGGAAGUCCCUACUUCAACGCAAUGUUCUCCAAUCAGCAUCGUGAGAGCUCUGCGAGGAGCGUCGAUCUGAACGGAAUUGACGGCCCAACUCUCGGGCUUCUUGUCGACUUCAUCUACUCUUCUUCGCUAGAAAUAACGGAAAAGAACGUGCAAAACCUUCUGUCAGGGGCAAGCCUGCUCCAGCUUACGGCUGUCGUUGAAGCUUGCUGCCAAUUUUUGAAAGCCAGGGUAUGCGCCGAUAACUGCCUCGGGAUUGCUGCAUUUGCCGACCAUCACGGAUGCUCUGAGCUCCAACGCUACGCCUGGACCUUUGCCGUUGAGAAUUUCGCAGAAGUUGUACAUAGCGAGGAGUUUUUGACUACACCUCCUGAGUUUUUGAUCGAUUUCGUAAAGUGCGAAGAUCUGCAGGUGUCCAGCGAGGAAGAGGUGUUGGACUGUGUCUUGCAAUGGCUUCGACACGACGAAAAGGGGCGGAGUCAGGUCUUCAUGACAGCACUGGAACAGAUCAAGCUCCCCCUCGUCCCAUGGAAAUCUCUACAGGAGAAGUUUGGACAAAUUUACUCCAUUUCCUCAAAUCCGCUGUGCACGAGCUACAUCGAAGGAGCGAAAAUACACCAAACUUGUACAAUAUCCCCGAAACCACACUCUGAAGCUUUCAACAUUGCCCAGUACAUACCGCGUCGCUCUGUAGGACGAAACAUGUUCAUAUAUGCCGUCGGAGGCGAGACCAGUCCGGGCCGAACCACUGUGGACAGCAUCGAACUUUUCGACCCCGCCAAGAACACUUGGCAGAAACUUGCACCCAUGACGACGUGCCGAAGAGGGGUGGGCGUGGCCAUUUUGAACGGGUAUCUCUAUGCAGUUGGAGGAUCAGAUGGAAUCCAACCUCUCAAACUAGCCGAGCGAUACGAUCCGACAUGCGACCUUUGGACCCGGAUAUCGGAUAUGAACGAGAGGCGGAGUAGCGUUGCCGCAGCAACCCUGGGGGAAUAUUUCUAUGCCAUCGGUGGGUACAGGGGGGUGACGAGCUGCCUGCAGAGCGUGGAGCAGUAUGAUCCUAACACAGACACGUGGACUUACGUCUCUAGCAUGGUCGUACCUCGCAGCAUGGCGUGUGCUUGCUCGAUGGGUGGACGGAUGUAUGUUGUCGGUGGCUACAACGGAGUUUCAGACCUACAAUCUUGCGAGGCGUACGACCCCGAGACUGGUCUCUGGGGGUUGACGGAAGAGAUGAAAACACGUCGUUGCAUGGCUGGUGUUGCAGCUGUCGACGGAAGGCUCUACGUUGCCGGGGGAUGCGAUCACGCUGUGAGCCUGCGAAGCGCCGAAUCGUACGAUCCGUCGACCAAAAAAUGGUCGGACCUUGGCGACAUGGCGGAGGCCCGCAGCGGUCUUGGUUUGGCAGUCAUCGGUCGCAAGUUGUUUGCAAUGGGAGGCCACAAUGGUAGGGGAAGUGGGGGUUAUUGCAGCUCCGUGGAAAUGUUUAACACCGACACGGAUGUCUGGACUGUAGUAGCCAACAUGACUGCCGACCGCAGACGCUUUGGCUGCUGCUCGUAA